AUGAGGACCCUUCUUGUCGCCGUGACUUUCUGCUCUUUGAUUUUGAUCACCUCCCAGAUCAGUCUGCGGCCAUCGCAAUCCAUUUCCGUGAGUGGAAAGCUGAUCUGCAAAGGAAAACCUGCUGCUGGAGUUGUAAGUUGAAGCUUAUAUUCGUCUGUCGGGAAAACAAUGUGGCUUUGUUGGCCUGUCGGGAAAAUAAUGUGGAUUUACCGGCCGGUCGGGAAAAUAAUGUGGAUUUAUCGGCCUGUCGAGAAAAUAAUGUGGAUAUAUCAGACUGUCGGGAAAAUAAUAUGGCUUUACCGGCCUGUCGGGAAAAUAAUGUGGAUUUACCGGCCUGUCGGGAAAAUAAUGUGGAUUUACCGGCCUGUCGGGAAAAUAAUGUGGAUUUAUUGGCCUGUCGAGAAAAUAAUGUGGAUUUAUCAGACUGUCGGGAAAAUAAUGUGGAUUUGUCGCUGUCGAGCACCAAAUCUCCAUUUGCAUCUAGCCAAAGCGAUGAUAGGCGAUUUUAUGGCCGGAAGGACUCGUAUUUUAGCAAUACCAAUUUUUUUGGUCAAAUUGGUGAUUUUUCGUCGCGAAAAUAAAAAAAAUCCGUGCAGGGGCCAAAAUUAUAGCGAAAAAGUACCUCUCUAACGGCCGACUCUCCUCAUUUUGCGUGAUCUCUCUAAGAAGCUUUAUUUCGGCCCUAUCAUUGGGAAUUUUGGCCAGAAAAAAUUUUUUUUUUGCAGAAGUCUAAUGGCUCUGAAUUUAGAGCGCAAUGCCAAUUUUUGGGUUAAAAAAAAAUUAUUUUUCAAAAAUUGAAACAAAAACUUUUUUUUGACUUUGCUUUUUCAAAAAUCUUUAAAAAAUGAUUUUCCCGUUUUUUACAGCGAGUAAAACUCUACGACCAUGACACCUUUACCAUGGACGACUUGAUUGCCAAGGGCAAGACCGGCGCCGACGGAACCUUCCAUUUGAGUGGGACUGCCAAUGAAAUCACCAGAAUCACCCCCAAACUCAAUGUGUAAGUAAUUUUACUGAACAUAAAUAAAAAAAAUAAAAAAAAAACUAUCAAAAAUACAAAAUUCGAGACAUUUUUAUGUAAUAAUUUUAUACGUUUUAGCUACCACAAAUGCGGAAAGUUGAUCCCAAUCUGCGACAUCAAGUUCUCGAUUGGAAUCCCGAAGAGCGCCAUCACGCGCGGCUCCACGGCGGCGCAUGAGCACGACGUGGGCACCUUCAAUUUGGAGAACAAAUUCCCCGGACAAGGGACUGACUGCCUCAACUGA